AUGGCAGUAGAUGAAGAAUGGCAAUGCCGUAAGUUUGAGAAUGGUCUGAGAGGGGACAUCAAGGUUCUAGUGAAAGGGUUGCGCAUUAGAGAAUUUUCAGCUUUGGUAGAGAUGGCUUAUGAAAUGGAGAAGACUAAGAAGGAGGCAGAAAGACCUCAGACUUCGCAAAGCCAACCAUUGAGGGUUAGUGGGCCAGUAGUAUCCAGAGGUGGCUCUAGUUUUAGGAGAACCCCUUUCUCUAGACCUACUUCUUCGGGGUCCACGGGUUCUUCCUCUCAGUCAUCGGGGCAGUCCAGCUUUGCUAGUCCCGUGAGGUGCUUCAAGUGUGGUGAGCCACACCUUCAGGCCGCAGGAUGGACACUAUGGCAGAGACUAUCUAUAAUUAAGAGGACAGGACCGCAACCACGCCAGGCUGGGAGAACCAUUCAGAGGGGUAGUGUCAAACCACAGGCAACAGGGAGAGUCUAUGCCUUGACUAGAGCUAAGGCAGCCAGUGCAGGUAACCUGAUUAUCAGUAGUUGUAUACUUUUUGGAGCUUCUUGUGUGACUUUGUUUGAUUCGGGGGCGACAAAUUCUUUUGUGUCUGAGGCUUGUGUGGAGAGGCUUGGUCGAGUAGUAAGAGAGUUUCCGUGCGAUCUGGUGGUGUCUACACUAGCAGCUGGGUUAGUUAGGACCGCUGAUGUGUGCUCCAGAUGUCCUAUUGAAGUUGAGGGACGCAAGUUCCGAGUGAACCUUAUAUGCUUCCCUCUAUAG